AUGUGGGGACGACCACGAAGGACUACUGCUAAACUGAAGCCGCGGAGAUUCGCAGAGCUCCUGAACUUGGGCAAGAAUUACCCUCAGGGUUAUCCAUACUUCCAGACUCACCUGCACAAAGCAUUCGCCAGUCAGACCGGUCUUCAAGAUGAAAAGGAUAUCAGGAAGGGCAUAGAGAGGGCCGAAUAUGUGAAGAAGGAGAUUGAGGCACUGUAA